UUCCUUAGCAACGGUUGGUUUUCGGUGGCAAAAAUAGAUUAUGGUUAUGAUAUAAACAUUUAAAUAGCCAUGGAUGCUGUUGGAACUUUAGAAUUAUCGUGGGCACAGGGGUACAGUGGUGGCAAAAUUGGCUACAUUGAUAAAGAUGUGAUCUGCUACCAGGCAGGAAGUAAUGUGAAGUUUAUAGCAGAAGAUGGAGCAGAGACUGUGUUCAACUUCAAAGGAAAUGGAGUUGGACCAUUUGCAGUGCAUCCAACAAAUAAAUGUUUUGCCGUUGCAGAGCAAUGCCUCAAUCCAAAAAUUACUGUUUAUGUGUAUCCAACUUUCAGACAGGCUGCAGUUCUGAAAGAUGGAGCUAAGCUGGAGUACAGAACGAUGGCUUUCUCACACAGUGAAUAUCUUGCAACACUCACUGGUAUUCCUGAAUUUCAGCUCAUUCUGUGGCGGUACACAGAUGGAACCAAGUUAACAACUGUAGACAUUACAUCAGAUCCAGUGACUUGUUUGACCUUUAACCCUGGAAACUGGAGGCAAAUUUGUGUUACCACUGAGAAACUGAUGACAGUUUGGAACACAGAACAGAGUGAUAAUAAAUAUGUUUUACUGCCUCAAAAAGUAAAAUUGCCAGCUGAAAAUCCAUCACUGAACUUUGAUGACGAAAAAGAGAGAGAUAUUCCUACCCGAGCAUCAACACGGAUGACCAGGUACACCGUUGAACUUCCCAAAGCAGCUAUCGCUGGGCUUAUAGGGGAGAAAGCUGAAACUUUAGAAGAAAUCCAGGACACCACUCCCCGUGUAGUUCCCCUUUCUCAUACCUGGUCUCCCAGUGGUGAUGUUUUUGUGGGAUGUAAAGGAGGUCAAAUUUUAAGGGUAGAUGGUGAGAUUUACAAGGCCAAGGUUUUGUACUGCCCAAUUCCUCCAGCCAGCGCCCCAAAUUCCAGAGCCACUAGUGCUGCGAGUCGUUACAACUCCCAACUGGACUUACCAACAGCUGAUGAAGUGAAAGAUAUGAUACUGGAGGGAGGAGCAGAUUGUGUAGCCCUCCACAAAAAGGGUCUUUAUGUGGCUGGACAGGAUGGUGUGAUAAGAUUAGUAGAUCUGAAAUCAGAGGAAUUUAAAGUUGUGGAACAGAUUCCCAUUGGAAAUCCUGUCACUUCUAUGGCCUUUUCCCCAAGUUAUCGGCAUUUAGCUUCAGCUACAGGCAAAGGAACUCUCCAUAUCUAUGAUGUGGGCUCACCACCAGAUUCUGUCAAAAAUCUAAAGAAUACUCACUGGGGCAACUUUGUUGGUGUAUCUUGUCUGGCUGGAAAUGAAUACUGUGUGUCCAUAAGAGAAGAUGGAGAGCUUCAGGUUUGGACAAUAGACAAAGGUCAGCUCAUCUCGUCUGUGUCUCUGGGAGUACAGGCUUUGUGUCUGUCUUGUUGCCCAAUGGUUCAUGUUGCUGCCGUGGGAACCAUCAGUGGCCAUGUUUACUAUGUGGAUCUGACUUUUCCUAAGAAACCUAGGCUUGUCACAGCAACCAGACUUUAUCAGGGACCACUUACACACCUCAUGUAUGAAUCUGAAGGGAAAUACCUGGUGACUGGGUCAGAUGAUGGACAUGUGUUUGUAGUAGAUGGUAGAGCUUCAGUCAACUUCAAACCCAUUGGAUACACAACUAUACCUGGAGAUAUACAGUGUAUUGCUACCUACACCUCAAACACAGUCACAAAGAUCGUGGUCACCUCUAACACGAGUGGCAACAAGAGAAAUGGAGCUGAUACAGUGCUUUAUUUCCAGGUUACAGAUGACAUGGUUAAAGAUUUGAGGAGUAAUGUCAACAGCUUGAAGUACGACUUUAAGGAUGUUUCCAUCAAGCGGAUGAUUCUGAAAAUGCCCAUUCCUGGUUAUGGGGCUGCCUUGGCAGAUGAGAAUACAUUCUUCAGUAUGGGACAAGUCUCUAGAAAACUGUAUCAGUUCUCACUUCCUGAAGAGCUUCCAAAGAAGUCAGAUGAUGCAAUCUUGGAGGAAGAUGAGGAAGAACUUAUCGAUAGUGAAACUUUGUUUAAGAGGGGGAAACCAAAUGAAUUGUUUCCUGAGGCUGAGUUUGAUUCCCAUCAAUUUCCUGGAGGCAAGUUACAGUUGUCUCCUCAUGGUAAAUGGCUUGCCAGCUGCGGUACAGAUGGUGCUGUACAGCUCCGUGCUUUGGGAACACUAGACAGGUUUGUAGUUAUAAAUCCUCAUGACUACCAUCUGGGAGGUGUCAGGAUUGUGGCAUUUGCUGACGAUGCACAGAACAUAUUUACAACAGGAUUUGAUGGUGUUCUUUGUUGUUACUCAUGGAACUUCUCUUCCACUGGAAUUGGUAAGGCAAAGUCAGCCAUGGAAGCAGCCAGAGCACGUAAGACAAGAUUGAUGCAGAUCCAGAAAGAUGAAGAUGAGGUUGUCAGAAAUUUCCCAGAAUACACUGCUCCUUCCACCUCUAGACCUGUAUCAGGGGAAAUAACUCAGGCAGAAAAGGAGAAAAAGGCUUUGGAGAAGGCUCUUGAGACUGAUGAAAUCUACCGCACUCCAACACCUGUAGCUCCUAGUGAUGCCACUUGGCAACAAGUACAAGAGUUAGAAUCAAUAAAAGAAGAAGACAAUGAGUUUGCAAGUGUCAAACAGGACUUGAGGGUUCAAAUUAGGGAUAUGAGAAGAACGAUUCAAGGGAUGCUGAAGCAAAACGAGACUCUGCCAGAUAUUGAGAAACUAGGUCGCCAUGAGUUUGACCUUGACAUUGAGGAACAAAACCGUCUCCAAGCAGAAGCUGAUGCUGAAGUCAACAGGGUUAGAGAAGAAAUAGAAUUUGAAAACUUGGCCAAGAUUUAUUUGAGGGAAAUGAUCAAAAGAGAAUGCUGGGAUGAAAUGAAUGUCAAAGGUCGAGCUAUUCAGGCAUUUUUUACAUCACUGGAGGUUAGCAACUUUCCAAUGAGGAAAAGAUCAGCUGCUGCAGAAAAACAGUUACAAAUUGUUACAACUCGCAGGAAGAUUGAACUAGCUGAUAUCGCAGCUCGUAAAGCUGAAAUGGAGGGUACACAGAGGCCAGGCAUCACAACAGCUAUGUUACUUAGUAUGCUACAUCAGCAGAGUUAUAGACGAGAUGAUGAGGCAGCUGACCUUGAUGAAGGAGAAGAGGGAGGUAAAGAAAAACCCUCCACCACUGGCAGUCUGGAUCAGGGAAUGAGUGCUAUGUAUGGAGGGGGCAGUGACCUCUUUUUCAGUCAGUUUGACCUCCACACACGGGACCAGAAAGUCAGUCAGAUCGUUCUCUUGGAGGAUGCAAUCUACAGAAUUAAAAUUGCAUUUAACAAAGAAUUUGAUGAAGUUUAUCAAAAGAAACUGUCAGAGAUUGCUAAAAUUAAAGAUAAGAACAAGAGGAUUGUAAAGAUUCUACAAGACCUGGAUCUUCAGGAGGACAUGGUCAGUCCUGAGUUGUCUAUUUACGAGGAUCCAGAGUCCCUCCUCAAAGUAGAAGAUCAUGAGGUGAAAGUGGAAAAAUAUCUGACAGCUGAACAGAGGAAAGAAUUAGAGAAGAAGGAGAAAGAGGAAGAGGAGAGAAGGAUUAGAGAAAGAGGAGAUAAUGCCCGGGAGAGAGGACUGGACAUGAUGAUGGGAGGAGUUCUGGAAAUUAAGAAAGAGGAUGAACUUAAAAAGGAUAUUCCCAAACCAUUGUUUAUGUCCACUAAGGAACCCACUGACUGGACUGAAGAUGAGCAGAAGCUGGCCAAAGAGUAUGAAAAGAAGGUCAAAGAACUGCAGGAGGAAAGGGAAAAGUACAGAAAGCAACUGGAGACAGAAUUAAGAAAGCUCCAAAGCAUGAUCCAAGAUGGUAUGCAGGGAUUUGACGACGUUUUGACCCAGUUGUUUAUGAAGAAGAUUAAAAUUAUGAUGGUCAUUUAUCAGGAGGAGCUUAAAAUUCUGCGUCUGCGUUAUUCCCUGUUGGUGGAGGAAGAAUUGGAGACAAGAGAGAAAGAACUAAACCGACUCAUGGAGCACAAAAAAGCCAUGAAGGCUUUGACAGCAACUGCUGUCAUGGAGUCUAAGAAACACAUGGAUGCCUUCAAGGAGCAAUAUGACAUUCUGAAUGCUGAGGACAAGGUCAUGGACAAAGCGUUCAAGCGUGAAUUCCAUGAUGUUACGGCUGUACAGCAAGAUCAGCUUUACAGACUGUUCAGAAAGAGGCCAAGAAUACCAAGACUUAAAGGUUUUGACACCCCUGCUCCAUCCACGGCAGAUUCCUCCCUCCCCAAUCCUUUUGCUGACCGUCCCUCCACGGCCAGACAGCACGCCCAGGCCAAGGCACAGCUGGACGCAGCCAUUCAGGACUUGGACAAAAUCUCCAACAUGCCUGAUGGAGUGGAGGAGGCAGUUUGGCAGAGACUGUGUGCUUACAGGAGAGAAAAGAUUGAGAAUGAUUUAUUGAUAAAACAAAAAGCCUUGGUCCUGGCAGAAAUGGACAACUUUUACAAGAAGAGAGUGGAAGAGGAUGAGGGACUGAAGAAUGAAAUAGAGGGAAUAUUUGAUACACUCAACAAAUUGCAUGAUGACAGAAUACGAUUUAACCUUAACUUAGAAGUCCAGUUAAUGCUGAAACAAGGUCAAGUGGAGGUGGAUCCAACCAAUUUUAUCCAUGAUUAUAAAGAUAGUGCUCUGAUCCACAGGAGCGUGGUAGAGGAACUCAACAGUAAUAUCAAGCAACUAGGUGAAAGCAAGAUUACAAGUAUGAUGGAGAGCAAGGACUUUAGGAAAGGCAUUAUACAGCUAGAAUGGGAACAGAAGCGCAUGUUGAUGCAGAUGGAGGAUCUACAGAAUAAGAUGAAAGACAUUCAGUUCAUGAAAGUCACCAGAGAGAUUCAACUGUAUUUGUCAAACGAGGAUUAUGAGGGCAGAAAAGCAGAAGAAAUAGGAAAAUUAGAACAGACAAUUCUCACCCAGCUAAAGCAUCAUGAAAAGAAUGUCAAGGAGAAGAAGAAGAUACUGAAAGACCUACAGAAGACAAUCAAGUCUCGAGAUUCCGAAAACUUCUCAAUGGACAAUGAUCUGGCGGAGCUGAAUGUCACUGUCAAUGAGAGGAGACUGAUCGACCAAGUCAAUGCUGAGAGAAGAUCAGACACUGGAACAGAGAAGCGAUAUCAAGAAAUAGUCCAGCGACGGAAACUAGUGGACCUUGCCAAAGCCCAGGCACAGGAAGUGGCCGUGUUACGAGCUGAAGUGGAGCGGUUACGCAUGAGAACUUUCCCUGCUUUAGUUCAAGUGGAGCACUAGCAUUUGCUGAAUGUGAUACUUUUGUCUGUUAAAUGAAGAUCUUUGAUUUUUGUAAUUCAGAUCUCUUUUCUCCUUGACAAAAUAAAUAUGUAAUUUGGGGCACAUUUGACAGUCUUUCUCGAUUUAAAAUCUACAUUCACAGAUGCAUUAGAUCAGAAAGUGUUUGUAGUUGAAUGUAGACCCUGUGUACACAAACAUUGUCAGAGUUUAAAGAAAGCUAUAUGAACUGUAUCUCUGUAUUUUUUUUUUAAUUCUUCUGUUUGAUUUUAAGAUAACUCAUAUUUGUACAGUGAAGAAAGAAUGAUGUAAUAGUACAUUAUUAAAAUAUCUGUGAUAUGAAGUAUACAUGAACAUGUAGUAAGAAUAGUAUAUUUUAUUUUGUAUUUGAUACUAUGAAAUAUCACGUGUCAAACUAUGUUUGAAUGAUACAUCAUUAAUAAAUGAUGAAACUAUGGAA